CAACAAGGGAGGCAUGCCCAGCAGGAGCCUGACCAACGACAUCUGCGCCGUGUGCGGUCAGAAGAUCCUGGUGGACGUGGAGGAGGAAGGAUUUAUAGAAGACACCUACCAGCUGUCCUGUGGACACUUGUUCCAUGAGUUCUGCAUCCGUGGCUGGUGCAUCGUGGGUAAGAAGCAGACCUGUCCGUACUGCAACGAGAAGGUUGACUUGAAGAGGAUGAUGAACAACCCCUGGGAGAAGACACAUGUCCUCUAUGGGCAGUUGCUUGACUGGCUCAGAUACCUGGUUGCCUGGCAACCCAUCAUCAUCGGUAUCGUUCAUGGGAUUAACUUCACACUGGGCCUUGAAUAGAGCCCAGAGGAGCGCCUCUGUAAGUACGUCUGGAGUCGAGUAAAGUGCGAGAAACGUUUGGCAGUGAACUGUCAAAGUCAGCGCGACGAGGAACUGACUCGGGCUGCUUCUGUAGUCUUUUGUUUCUUCACUACUUGUUCUUGGACUGAACGCUUGCAAACGUCCCUGCAGAGCGACCCUAGGUGGCCUUGGGUCUCUGUGUUCAGAGGACACCGUGAUCCUGAAACUGCUGCCAACUUGAACAGAAAUAUUUAAGCACAGAUCAAGUAUUUGAUCUUUUUGAAAUCUUUGACGCGAGAGAAAGAUGUGUCUAGUUUGGAACUUAUGGAAACACUGUUUCAUGCAUGUUGAUUUUGUUGAGAUAAACCGUUGCUUUACUUUGUACUGUCAUAAAAAUGCCUUUAUUUUAUUUCAUUUUUUUGCACUCCUCACUGCUGGGUCUGUUGACACCACUAACGAGUUUCUACUCAAACUCUUCUUUUAUGAAACUUGAUCUGCAUUUUGAAAGCUGCAGCUCUUUGCACUUUGAUUAUGGAAAAGGACAAUUCAGUCCAAAUGUUUGUGGUACACAUAAAACCUGUUUACAUUUCAUGUAAAUUAGUUUUUUUUUUUUUUUUACUUAAGUUUUAUUUUGGAUGUCUGUUUCAGUAUCUUCUCAUUUGUAUGGAGCUAAAGUUGAUGGUCAGUGGUCAGCUUGUUGUAGCCGUUGAGUAUAUAGCAGGCAGUACGUUAUUGGUGGUUCCAAACAGAGACACUGCAGAUGAACCUCCAUAAUGUAAACCAGUGUAGAAGAGAGUGAAACAUCCUUUCAAGGAUCAGUUUAAGUAUCGUGUUACAAAAUGGGGGAUAAAGAUCAGAGAAGAGAGGUAGAGUGUACUCUUGGCUUACAUGUGCCCCAUAACUACAGUAGCCACACAAACAUUCAAUAAUAGGAGUUUUAAUGGGUUUUUAUCAGAUCCUUGAAAUGUUUUCUGGUUCAACAGGAAGAAAUCUUUCCUUUGCCAAAUCAAGUAGAUGUUGCUUUCUUAUCCAGACUGCUGCUAUUAACUUUGUACUGAAUAAAUCUAAC